AAGGCUCCCCCGGUCUGUAGGGUGGAUGUCGCAAAGGCUUUUGAUCAGUUGACGUCGAGAGAAAAGCUGUACGCUCAUUACAUCGGACAAGCGUGUUGGGCAGGUACUCGCAUCGUUCAGGGUCAAUGGACGCCUCAAGCACACACCCUCUACGAUCUUCUCGUCCUCACCUUCAGCGCCAACGGAAAACUUACCGAUCUAGAGGCAUUGAAGCAACGAUCAGGUGUAAGCGAACAAGACUUUGAUGACGCUCUCCAGUAUACUGCUCAGGUCAUGCAAAACCUGGCUAAUUAUAAGAGCUUCGGCUUCACGAAGUUUGUCCCUCGUAUUCCAGUUGGCGAAUUUGCAAAAAUCAUAGCCGCGUCGACGAACGCAGCCAAUGCAAUGCCUCUGUGGGAAACGCUCAAGGAACACAUAUAUUCUACGACCCCUGAGAGUUCGCUGUUCAUUGGCAAGCGCAGCGAGGGUCACAUCUCAAAUUACUACUUGGGUGAAGUUAUCACUGACGAAGAAGUGUUAGCGGUUCAGGCAGCCGCGGAAAAGAUUGGCGUUGACGUUCUCAACACCCGAGUGUGCAAGACCGGCCCGGGGGACUUUACUCUUCUUGUUGCGUCCGCCAUCAAACAACCACCGGCCCUGCAUGAUAUUAGCAUAGCUUCAGGAACAGCAAAGUUGACUGUUGAAUAUGGCGACUUCUCAGAAUCGCUUUCCGAAGUCAUCACUGCGCUGCAAGAGGCAAAGAAAUACACUGCCAACGAAACCCAAACGAAAAUGUUGGAGUGCUACAUCAAAUC